GAGGGAAGAGAGAGAAAGGAAAAGGGAUAGAGAGAUAGUGAGGGAAGAGGGCCGUAGAGAGAGAGAGAGGAAGGAGACGGUGGGAAGAACGAGAGAGCGUCCAUGGCGGAGACAUCAAUGGGGCGUCCUGUAGCGGCUUCUCUUAAAUUCGUUUUAGAGAGAGAGAGCGCGUCCAUGGCGGGGAUACCAAAGGGGCAUCCUGUAGCGGUUAUUGUUGAACUCAUUUUAGUGAAAUUCGAAACGGGAGAUGCAAACCCUAAAAUACCUCCUCCUGUUUUCACCUCUCUACCCCCUCUUCAUUUCUUUGUCCGGCUUCAAAGAGCACCAUGCCAGAAAAGCACCAGGGGCCAUAUCUUCGCAGACGGGAAAGUGCAUUCUUUGAUUUGUUACGAAGGGAUUCAAAGCUAAUGGACCAAAACCUUUCAGGGGAUCCAGAUGGAACAGGAGAAAUGAAACCAAAAAAAGCAUCUGGGCAUAAGCCCGAAAGCAUAUCAGCUUCAAAUCCUGUGCUAGAAACAUAUAUCCACUCAUUACGUGAGGGGCAAUAUAAAACUUCACUACCCUCACAAUUUUUGCUUCCCCCAAAUUUGGGUCCUUGGGAAAUUAAUUCAAAUCAAAAGGAUAUCAGUUCACAGAGUUUGUCAAAGUCGAAUACAUGGGCAGGGGAGGUAGGAGAAAAUGGUCUAGAGAAGAUGGACAAAGUAGAUAAUUCAAUGGAUGGGUUUGCCAAAGUCAUUGACGCGAACAAGGAGUUCCAACAUGUGAACAAGAAGAAGCCAAAACCAACAAAAAGUGCACUCCCUCAAUCAGCAGCGUCAUAUUACAGUGGGGUCAAGGUGCAAGUCGAAGUUCUGGCAUUAUGUGAUGGUGUCAAUGAACUAAACAAAUAUUUGAAAGAUGGAAGGGCCAGACUUGAAGCGGGUGUUCCGGGAAAGUACUUGCAUGUUGUCAUUGAACCACUGCUUUCUGGUGUUGGACCCAUUAUAUCAACCAUCAUGUAUGCAUUUUACUUGAGCACAACAAAAGAUGAUAACCAGCUCUGCACGAUGCCUGUCAUUAAUAUGAAAAGGGAAGAUCUUGCCUUGUGCAAUGAGCUUGUGUGGUUACUUGAUUCAUGCCGUAUUGACAAGUCAUCGUUGAUUUUCAUUGAUGAGAUUGAUCUUUCAUACUAUGAUUUAUAUGGGAGUCUCAAACUGGUCCUCGUGAAUGGUCAUGAACUUCCCACCUCCCUAGAGAAUUUGAAGGAGUCGGUGGUGGAAAUAUUCAACCGCAAACAGGAUGAUUCUCUAUAUCCUUGGGUGGAGACUGUCACAGUGGUAGAGGGUGUUUCUUGCUGCUCUGUUGUUGCUGAGAAGUUUGCCCUGACAGCACCUGAAAUUUUGGCCGGUCGUGGAUUCAGUCGAUUCCUGCUUGCUGGCAUCCUCUUAGACACAGAAAACCUGACUAAUGCCCAAUGCUCAUCCAACGACAAAUAUAUGGCAACAUUGUUGAUCAAUGGCGCUGGUCGUUUUGGCUGCAAUGGACUUUACAUGAUAUUGACGUAUAAACUUUUUGACACUCCUGAGAUCAAAGUGAGGGAUAUCUUGUGCAAGGAUUAUAAAAGGUGGGCAGGAAGAACAGCAGGUAAAUCUGAAUCUGGGUCUGAGUUGGACAUUUCACAUAUUGGAAUGAGUUCUAUUGGUGUUUCGCUUGGGUAUCUUCUUUCUCUGGAGGAAUCUGCACUGGAAGAGGUAAUUCGAUUCCGAAAAUCAGAAGACCUUCGGCUUCUUGUCAUUGUCACAGGAUACUAUGAUGACCAAAAGAAAUUCAAGAGGGAGCUCCUGCUAUCAUCUGUCACCAAAGAGCUUAUGAUGAGUUUGCUGGAGUUCCUUGAACUGAAUGCAUCCCGACUGCCACUGAAAAUUCUUGAUCGACCAGGGUUCAUGGAUUAUGUCAGAGCAUUUGAAAUCAAGAACAAAGUUACAUCGAGAACGACCAUUGAGCGGCUUCUUGAAGAAUUCGCUGUGUCGCUGCGGCAUGGCGGCCAUGACUACAAUGAAUUUGUCUAAUCAUUACACAUUUUUUUAAUAUUCCAUGCAAUAAUAACUCCCAAAAUUCCGAAGUCCCUUAGAGCUUCUCUCUCUCUUGAUAUAUAUAUCCAUGCUCGGGGGUCUCUUUUUAUAUAUGUAUAUGUGUCUGAGUCAGUGUAAGCUUGCAUGUAUAUAUAUAUUCGAAAAUCUUUAAAUUGUCGUUUAGA